GAAAAUUUCUCGAAAAAUUUGCAUAUGACACGUAGCGUCUUCGAGAACUUGAUCAGACAUGCGCAAGGUGACGUCACUCAUAAAUUAGUAAGAGAAAAGCUAGAAUCAAAAGACUUUGAACGCUUGAUCUGUUGUUCAAAAGAUCGGCUGAAAAAAUGUCUUACGCUUAUCUUUUUAAAUAUAUUAUCAUCGGGGAUACAGGUAUGAAAGUUCUUUUGCUACGGUAGCGUGUUUUUUCGCCUUAUUUUAACGUUAUAGUCAGGAUUACGAAACGAUCUUGUGACUCAAUGACUGACAGGCGGUCGCCAUUUUGAGUCGAUUGAGUAAGGUUUUGAGUUUACGUUUAUAUUGAAAACGGUUCUUUCCUACAUUCCAGGUGUUGGGAAGUCGUGCCUUUUGCUUCAGUUCACAGAUAAACGAUUCCAGCCCGUUCAUGAUCUAACUAUUGGUGAGUUUUAUUGUAUGUAUUUGUUUAUUUACUUCAGAAUAUCAGAUUUUUAAACUUUCACUGCACAUGGUAAAUUUUGAAUUAAACUUGCCCUCAAAUUUGUGCUGAUCGCUACUCUACUUUGCUAUCUAGGUGUCGAGUUUGGUGCUAGGAUGAUUACCAUUGAUAGCAAACAGAUAAAACUACAAAUUUGGGAUACUGUAAGUGCUAUUGAACUCAUUCAAAAUAUAGUUGAAAUCUUUUGUAUUUUAAAUAUAGCUUGACUGUUAUGCUAUAUUUGUUUAGCAAACAAGCAAACUGUAUUUUGUGUAAACUUGUGUCAUGAUUACGGUGACAGUAAAUGCUUUUCGGCCCAUAGUAAGAAUGAAAAAUUUAGAAAUUGGAACUCUUUGUUCAAAGAUAUUGUCUAAAUGAAACCAAUUUGUACUAGCUGGAUUUCUGCAGAUGAAAUUAUGCACAUAAACAAAGAAAAUCUCCCUCUUUGUCUGACUGCAAGUAAUUUGUGACUUGGCCACAGUUUAACGUAUCAUCCUUUGCAUAUCAGUUAGCAUUAAACUGUGUCAUCCAGCAAUGGCCUUUGGCAGGGGAAUUAAUCUUUUCAGACUUGCAAGUAUGUCCGAUUUACCCUACACAACUUUUGCCCAAAACUGUCAUGUUCAACCUGCUUGCAACUUAAGUUGUACUGUGCAAAUCAAGCACAUAACAACCUUAUGACAACAUAGUACACAGUACAACUCGAGUUGUAAGCGGUUAGCCGGAGUUGCAAUGCUUUUUCUCCCCGGAACGUAAGUCGGAAUGACAAGAAAUGUGACAACGUUGAAUUUGCUGAAAGUAUACAUACAGGGUCUUAAAUUUGCAGUAUCCCUAUAUCCACAGGAUACCAAAAAUUUGGUUUUGGAUAUCAAACUGUGAAUGACUUGUAUCCCAACUGGAUACUAAGAAAAUUUCAAACAUUAAGAAAAUGUGAAACACCUUUGCAUUAGGCACUUGCGAUAUUGAAAAAAAUCGAUAUAUCGAUAUCGAAAAAAAAAAUAUUGAUAAUAUCGACUAUAUUGAAUUAUGCAAAUGAGAAAGCGUAAUUUAGUUAACUUGCAUGUAUACGCAUCACAAACAGUUAAAAAGAAGUGCAUGAAACCAGUCAUGGUACGUCUCAAAGAUUUAUUAACAUAUAAUAAGCUUAAAAUAUAUAAUAUAAUGUUUAUAAAAUUUCAAGCGUUCAAUGCCACUGCUUGGUGAUCUUUUGUGGUCACAGCUUCUCUGUUUUCACUUUUAAUUUCAAUUGCCCACGCACUUGUAUCAUAAACUCGCAAUUGCUGCCAUACGCACGUUGUUUAAAUCAAUUGCCGAAUGAUCGAAGAGUUGCUAAAAAUCGAAUAUUGAAUAUUGAUAUUUUUAAAUAUCGAUAUUUAUCGAAAAUAUCGAUAUAUCGCAACUGCCUACUUUGCAUGACGGGCUCCUGAUAGCUUUUGAAUACUAUCAGUUUGCCAGAAAUUUGUUGAAGGAUUAUGUGCAUUUUAGUGUAUAUUUAAUGAAUUUUUAGUUGUUGACUGUUAAUGAGUCUCCUGUUGUUAUUGUAAUUUGUAACAGUGAGAGUUAUGGAAAUGUAUUUGGAUGGGACAGGGUAUAAUACUUAUGGCAACCAGUAUCCAGAAGUGGGAUACUGCAUUCUCAGGGGGAUACUAAACUUUGAAUCCUGGUAUCCCAGUUGGAUACUGAGAAAAAAUAUAAAUUUCAGACCCUGAUAAUCCUGGAGUGAUUUCUGUUAUGUCAAACCAAGUGAUUAUGUCUGUGAUUUACCUAUCACAGGAGAAGUUGUAAAUCGCUUAAUCGCUGACGUCAUGCUUUGAUAUAGCACUACUGUGUGGCUAAAUCUUUUGAGGAGCACUUUGAAAUGAUGUUUUUACAUGUUAGACACUGAUAAUGAAUGAAUGAAUGACAAAAUAUGGCUGAUCAAAGUGUUGUACUUCAUUAAGAUUUAUGUCAGUGAUUUGAACACAAAGCAAUGUCGAGGGUGAACUUGGUUUCCACCAUUUAACUGAUGAAAAAAGCUUGGCCUAAUUCUCAACAAUAUGUUUUACACAAUUGGAAAUAUACAGAUAAUUCUACUCAUUCUGAUUGUCCAUCAGACAUUUUCCAACCAAUUUAGCAUUUGGUCGGACAUUUUGUCUGGACGAAAAACUUGAAAGACUGGGUUAACCAUAAGCCUUAUACAAUCCUACACAGAAUAUUAAAUGUGUUAAAAGAUUUAACUAUACUGGCUGGUGUUUUGGCAUAAAUUAUUAUUUACUGUAUAUAUUGCCUUAAUUUACCUAAUGAAGACAUGAAAUCAAAAGGAAUCGAAAAAAUGUCCGACCAAGUUUGAAAAUUUCCAAUCAAAUUUCAUUUUGGUCAGAUAUUUUUCUGGACAUAUUUGUUAUUUCGGGCUCUGCAGAUAAGGCAAAAAUCGGUCCGAUACCGAUUAUUGGUCAAUCACAUAUUGAGUGACAGCACUCUCCCCUUGACAAGUAAAAUUGUCUGGCAUUAGACAGAGUAAAAUAAUAAAGUUGUCACAUCAGGGCACAUUGCCACUUAAAUGGUUAACAGUUCCGGGUUGAACUUGUGGACGGAUAUUGUUUACAGAUCCAGUUCCAACUGGAAUUUAAAAUAUUGGUUUCGGUGCACCCCUAAUGACUGUGCCACCUACGGCCUCAUUCUUACAGGCAGGACAAGAGUCGUUUAGAUCAAUUACAAGAUCCUACUACCGUGGCGCCGCUGGUGCAUUAUUAGUUUACGAUAUAACAAGAAGAGACACAUUUAACCACCUGACAACUUGGCUUGAAGACGCUCGACAGCAUUCCAGUUCAAACAUGGUCAUUAUGCUGAUUGGAAAUAAAAGGUAAAAGUAUUCAUAAUACUUUUGAACUAAUCGAUCGUUGGUCACUUGUUUGGCAAAGCUUUCCCUAGGUAAGCCUAUAUCUGGAUGCUUAAAGUAAAGGCUUCACAAUAUAGAAUUUGUGGCAGCUCUGUGGUUUCGAUUUGACCAAUGUUGUUCGAGGCAAAAAAGAAGGGUGAAAAUUAGGAGAAAAAACUGUUUGAAACUCAGUAAUAUUAAAACAAAAUUGGCACCUUGUCAAAAUUACAGCACUAGUUCAAUAUUUUCUGAUGAAAAUUCAAACUUUCAAACGUUAAAAAUAUGAGAAAAUGGCACACCUAAUGGUGGCUUACCGCUUGCAUAUUAAGACAGUACUAUACCAUUAAUACAAUUGUUUUUCUUGAACAAUACAUGUAGCAUGAAGUUUAAUAGUAUAUUUUCACAUAAGUUAUAAAAAGUUUUUUCAGAUGGCUUUCGGUUUUUCUCUGAGUGAUCCAUCCUAGAUCUGACCAUAGACAAUCCAGAAGACAUCUGGAUCAUCUAUCUUCUGGAUUGUCUAUGAUCUGACAGAAAAAUAAAUAUUAUCGUUUUUAGUGAUCUUGAAGCGAGACGCGAAGUAAAACGAGAAGAGGUAUUUUUUUAUCAAUUUCAGUAUCGUGCAGUAGUGCAAACUCAAGUUUGAUUAAAACAAUCACUUUGCAAGAUUGAUUCUAGUUUACAGUAGCUAUUUGUUAUAGAAAAUUUCAAUUUUGUUUUAGGGUGAAUCAUUUGCCAGGGAACACGGUCUUAUUUUCAUGGAAACUUCAGCAAAAACGGCCGCAAAUGUCGAAGAGGUGUGAAUUUCAUGUCUGUUGUUAUUUAAGUUGUGUAACAAAGUUUCUGUGAAUCCUGCAAAUCCUUCAAAACUUUGAAUUUGCCAUUGCAAAAUUUCUACUGUGAUCGUAGAAACUUUGACAGUGUUAACCUGCCGUAAUGUUGAUGGUGUUAUCAUUUUGUAGGCAUUUAUCGAUACGGCGAAAGAAAUUUACAAGAAAAUCCAGGAAGGGGUAUUUGACAUAAAUAAUGAGGUACUGUUUGAAAAUUGGUUUCUUUGCUGAGAGGGCUUGUUUGUCUCAUUUGUAGCAAAUUUGCCAAGAAGCCGUC